AUGAAUCCGGAUAUUCAGCUCCUGUUGGCAGAGUUCCAGAAACUCGCCUCCGCACAAGUCGUUACCCAGAAGAAAAUCGACGAGCAGACGGAUCUCCUCGAGCGUCGAUUCACCGAAGCGGAUGAAGUCCUGGACAAACGCUUCAGGGAGGCCGACGCGGCGGUCGAGCAGCGGAUCAUCGACUCCGAACUUCGCCAAGACGCACGCCUCAGCUCCAUUGAGAAGACCGCUUCAAAUCUCACCUCUUGGCGCCACGAACACGAAGGCAUCGUCGACGACCUCCGUCUUCGCAUCGGCAAACUGGACAAGUACUGGAACCGCUCCGUGAUUGAGUCCGCCGCGGCUCACCUCGAGCCGGCUCUCUUCACCGACCCACCAGUCAAGUCGAAGCAGCACGCCGCAUCUGCAUCUGCUGGCUACAAGGCUGCUCGGCCCAACGGGCACGGCGUCGAUCCUCACCACCGGGAGAAUGAGUUCGGGGUUGUCACAACCUAUACUCAUUCCCCGGUCACGGCCUUGCAUACCCGUUUUGAUCGUGAUCAACAUGAAUACCUUCUCCGCAAGAUGAACCGCAUUCGCCAAACUUCUUCUGUGCAAGAUUAUGUUGAUCGUUUUUCUGAACUUGUUGACCAGCUCACAGCCUAUGAUUCCUCCACUAAUGCUCUGCAUUACAUCACUCGUUUUCUAGAUGGCUUACAUUCAGACAUUCGUACUGUCAUUCUUGUUCAGCGCCCCGAUUCCCUGGAUACUGCGUAUACUUUGGCACUGUUGCAGGAAGAAGCCGCGGAGUCAUCAUGGCGACGUGAGUUCAAGCCAUGGCACUAG